GAUUAAUUUGUGUUGUGUUCUUCUUGUAAUGACAGAAAUAUAGGUCACAUCGGAAACAUCUACUAGCGCGUGAAGCAGAAGCUGCCAGCUGGAAUCUCCGGCGACAUGCGACGGUGGCAGUGGCCGGAGUAGGAGGAGGUGGGAAGAAGCCAUGGACGGCUCCUGCCUUAGGCUAUCCACCACACGUGGCACCAAUGCAUCAUGGCCACUUCAGGCCUUUGCACGUGUGGGGUCAUCCUACGUGGCCUAAACACAAGCCUAAUACUCCUGCGUCUGCUCAUCGGACGUAUCCGAUUCCGUUAGUUGCGGCGGCUCCGGCAUCUUGGCCAGGUCAUCCGCCGUACUGGCACCAACAACCACUAUAUCCACAGGGAUAUGGUAUCGCAUCAUCGAAUCAUUCAAGCAUCGGUGUUCCCACAAGACAAUUAGGAACCCACUAA